UCUUGGCUGACGCAACGUAUAGUAACACACGGGCGCAUAAAAUCGGGAUAAAAUAUCUCUUAAAAAAUCCAAGACAAAGAUCCUGUAAAAUCGAACCAAAGUAAAGUGAAGUUAAAAACGAUUUGAAAUAUCUUUAAGAUACAAAAAAGUGACAAGAAAAUAUAACAAAUUGGAGGAUAUAUUUAAAAUAAAUAAAUUCAAAGGAUAUAUCUCAAAAAAUGUUGCCCUCGUGCUAUGCCAAUGGUUCUGCAAUCCCGGAUAACGAGGAUCUGGUAAACUCCAUCCUUGCAAAUCCCGAAUAUCUAAGAGCCCAAAUAUCCCCAAAUCCGAUGGCACCAAGUGCCGUCGGUGGCGUGGGCAUGGAGGGUCUGAUGUGCGGAUCCUUUUCGCCGGCUUUCUACUAUCAGGGAAUCGAUAACUUUUUGGCCCUGCACAAUAAUAUCUGGGGUUUGCCCAUAUCCUUCCUCCAUAACUCUCAUCGACCGGAAAAGCCGCCGUUUUCGUACAUCGCCCUUAUAGCCAUGGCUAUAAGCAGUGCUCCCAAUCAGCGGCUGACUCUCAGUGGAAUCUACAAGUUUAUUAUGGAUAAAUUCCCUUAUUAUCGCGAAAACAAGCAGGGCUGGCAGAAUUCCAUCCGACACAAUCUCUCCCUGAACGAUUGCUUCGUGAAGGUUCCAAGGGAUAAGAACACCAUUGAGGAUAAUGAUAGCGCUGGAAAGGGCAGCUACUGGAUGCUAGAUUCCUCGGCAUCGGAUAUGUUUGAGCAAGGAAAUUACCGACGGCGGAGAACUCGAAGGCAAAGGCACUGCGGCAACUCGAAUCGCUAUGAAAGGGAAGCCGGCAAGGACUCCACCGACCACAGUGAAAGAACAGGAGAAAUUCGUUCACCCAACGAUUCCCUAAACGACUUUGACAUCUUCUGCAACGAGAGACCCAAUUAUUCAGAUAGGAUCACGGAUCUCCACCGACAGUAUCUGUCCGUAUCUCUCGGAUUCAACAGUUUAUUCAAUAACGAAGCCAGGGGUAUGCGGCCACUGUCAGGAACUACUCUUCCCGAGAUUCGGGAGUCUGUAGAUGAUGCCGAUGCCUCGGUGGAUAGUCCCUCCUCCAGUUCCAGUAAAACAACUCAACUGCCUCUGGAUAGUGCCUCUCUUCACGAAGAGUUACAUUCCCCAAGUGCCUUUACACCUGCCCUGAAUCGUCGAAAAGAAGCCGUCUCUUCCUUGGGUCUUCCAAUUCUUGGUUCCUCCUUUCGUGGACUCCAGGAUUUAAUGGUUGAAUCAGCGGGCAGCAGUCCAGCAACAUCGCCCACGGCGCCAAGCAAUCGUUCAAAGACUACUCUGUUUACCAUCGACAACAUCAUUGGAAAGCCAUAAAAGAAAUGUAAAUUAUUAGAAUAUUUGUAUAAGAAAUUGAUUUAUAAAUGAUUUUGUUUUAAAUACAAAAAGUGAUUAAAGUAACACAUGCCGAAGGAUUUUUAAAUUAAAUAAAUCAGUUUAUAAAGUUAUAAAUUAAAGAUUAUAUAA